AUGAACGGGCCGGGUUGUGUUACCCUUGACUUGGUGAAGAUUUUGGAAUUAUUUGAAGACGAAGUUAUCAAGCUCCUACAUUGCCGCGGUUAUUCCGACCCUGGCCGGAUCACUUUCACCUUGACCAUGCGCAGGCUCUUAUCCAAUGUUUGUUUACUCACAACGAGACCUCGUGCAACCUCCCCGACACUCCACGCCAACGAUCCCAUCUAUCACCCCUCCUCACAUCUUAUCUCCAAACUAACCGUUACGCUAUCCUCCAAGCCUCCACGGAACGCCAUGGAGUGUCUCGAUCCUUACGACUUCCCGGAACUGGCUUGGGAGGAGGGUGUCCAGAUCAUUAACGAUUUCAACUGGGACGAACUUGCUAAAAGCAACGAUGUCUCAUUUUCAGGUGAAACUCAAAAAAAUCCCGAAGAUAGCUUUGCGGGGCCGGUUCCUAAGAUCGGUAUCGAGCAAGUGGAUGUACCUGACAUCGUGACGGCGGGUUUUGCAUAUAAAGAAGACGUAGGCGUGGGUGGCGAGAGUAACUCUGCUCAAUUGGCAAACGAUCGGGUGAAAUACGCAGUCGGAGCUGAGAUAGAAGAGGUGCAUACUGCUGAGCAGCUCAAAGUUGUUGCACAAUCUGGCAUUGAUCCAUCUCAUCGUCCUAGUCGGAGAGAAGCGAGCAAGGAAAUCCAGACGGACAACAAAGCCACAACACAUGAAACGGUCACAACGCCCGAAGAGAUCUCAACUGGUACCCUCUCGCAAGAAAUUCGAAAGGUACCCUACUAUACCCACAAUUUUUUACUAACGAAGGAAGCAAACACCCACACCCUCAACGUCGGACUGCAAGAUACUGAUGCUUCAGCCAAGGAAACAGUACACUCAUGCUCGGAUUACCUACAAGAUACAAUGGGUGAUGUCCUAGAAGUUGUAUCCAAGGACCCAUACGCAGUUCCUUCACCUUAUGCUACUAGGCUUACCGGAAAUUGGACGGUGACUGCGGACGAUCUUGGUAAUGGGAAUGCUUCUAAUAUCACCUAUCUACCCCGACCUACAAACAUCACAGAAAUCGCGGACCAGGACUUCUCCACUGUUGCUCGUAUCACCAAACCUGCACACCGUGCUAAGGUCACACACAUGAAAGAGGGUGAAUCGGAUGAGACUUUCACACCUAUGGAUAUCGAUACGGCACCGCUGGUCUUGCCUAAAAAUAUCAAUGACCUUGGAAAGGCUAUUCCAGAAUCUCAAGAUAUCCAGAGUCUCAGUAUUAAGGCUUCAGACGGCCUCCGGCGUAUCAAUAGUGAGGAGCUCCUAGCUCUGAUGGGAGCACUGAAAACAAGAUCUCCUGAAGAGUCACCUCAACCGGAGCUGGGCAAGGACAUCACUAGCUCAGAAAUUCACUAUGGCGACGAUCUCAUAUCGCAUUCAAAGGCCGCGGCGGGGGCGUCGGAACACACGUUGGCUCUGGAGCAGGAUAAACUAGAACCCGAUCAAGAAAUAACCACUGUUCCAGCAGCAGAAGAUAGUCCAAGCUCCCAGCAAAUGAACUUAAACGAGACUCCAAAGUGCACAAAAGUCUCCAUCUCAGACGUCUUCCACACAACCUCCAUCCCUAUACGCACUCCAACAAUUCAUUACCCCACCAAAGCAAACAUCCCUUUCCCCAUCCACGCGCAGGGCAUCUCAGUGAUUACCCCAACAGAAAAGAGCCAGAAUCCUAGAGCACAUAACAAAACGGCCACGUGCACGCCUACAGAAGCCCCCAAUCCAAUUCCAACUCCAACUCCAACUCCCGAAGUCCUCGAAACCCAUCCCACUAUUCCACAGGCUUCUAUCCCUCGUGCAACUUCCCUGCCGUCAGAGGCAAAUUAUUCGCAAUACAGCAGGAAUAAACUACGGGAGUUUAUGAAAGAGCGUGGGAUUUCACGAAGAGCCUGUGAUAAUAACAAGGAUCAUAGGCGGAAGUUGCUUGAAUCGGAUUGCGCGUCUACGGAACCAAAGGAAAUGAUAGCAUUGGCUACUGAUGCGCGUAUAUCUGUAGGCUCUGUUGAGCCAGCAGAGAUGGAGAUGACGCCGUCUGCAACCACGAGUGCGGCUGUGAUGGAGACGCCUGCUAGCAUCCGGGAAGGGUUGAAGCCUAUCCAUUACUCUCAACACUCAAGUGACAAAUUAAAGGGGCUUAUGAAGCAACGCAGUAUCCUUCGAAAACCAACUGACAGAAGAACCGACUAUAUCCAGAGAUUGCAGGCAGACGAUCAAGUGCAUGGUCGAGGGUACCCUGAACUAGCAAAUGCAAACGCAACACCGUCUACGGCUAAGCAUCAGCAUUUGGUGCUUAAACUCAGCCCUGGGACGCAGUCGCACGACGAGACUCCGUCCGCACCUGCUGCUCAGAAGACCAGCGCUGGUUUUUCUCCCACCCUUAGUCCUAACCCUACCGCAGAUACAGUAAUCGGCUGGGUCCCCAUCUCCUACUCCCACCUUUCCUCCCCCUCUCUCAGCUCAUUCGUCAAGGAUCGUGGCCUCCAUUUUGCUCCCGUCGAAAGCAAAUCCGCUCUUAUCAAGAAGCUCCAAGAACACGACGAAGCCUGUUCUCGAGACUACACAGAAGUGGAUAGACCAGUCAUCAUCACGCUGGUUUCGCAGCGCGGAUUCAACGGAAAUACAGCGAUCGCUACAGCACAGAUGAUCAAGACUUUAGUGAAUGGGGAUGUGAAGAGGGCCAAGGAGCAUUUGGAGAGUGUGGGGAGGUUGAAAUUGGAGGGGGAAGUUGAGGUUGAUAGGGAGGGGCUAGAAAGGGGGGAUGAAGAAGGUGAAGUAGAAGAGAGUGGUCGAGAAGAUAAUGGAGUGGGAAUGGAUAUGGUGACUUCAGUCGAAGGUGGCGAGGUGCCUGCGGAUGUCGACAUGGAAAAGCCUAUGGAAAAGCCUACGAAAAACCCGACAGACAAGUUCACGGAAAAUCCUCAGGGUGCAUCGUCUAGUAGGAUGAAGCCUCAGCCAGAUGUACAAGCAGGUGACCAUAACUGCUGCAAGCCCGCCGCCAAGUUACAUGAUGCAGAUGCGUCAGACAAUAAGACUGUCGAAGAUCUUCCAAUUCAAGCAGCCACUGUAGAAAACGGAUCAGACCUUGCCUAUGACUCAGGUGAACUCCAACAAAAAUUGAUAGUAAAUGACGAGCAAAGCAAAAAAGCUACCGUCGAGACAGAAGCAAAAGCGAGCAUUCCAGAUGCCCAGAGCCGCCCUGAAGGACUUGCACCACUUCUCCCAGAUCUCCAAUGGCCAACAGACAUCGUCACAACCUCUGGCUUUUUCACAAAAGCCAUUUCUCGUAUCCUUUCCCGAGAUCUCGCCGACCAAAAAAUCCAUAUUCCUCGAGCCAGCUUUCCUUCAGGUUCAAGUAUCGCUCACUCCUCGUACAGCAAUGACACCUCUGAAACGGUCGCUGGACAAUCAACUUCAUUUAAUGGUAAGCUACACGAUGCGUUGGUAAGUUCUCCCCAACCCCGGAUGCCUGAAACCCCGACAAAGACGGUGAAAUUCGCGGAUGUACAGGGGGAGGGAAAUGUGGAGGCUGCCUUGGAUACGCCGUCGAAAGUCAUGGUGAGCAGAGAGGGAAAUGGGAAGCUGGAGGAGAGCAUGGGAGGGUUUCAUGCAGGUGGAGAUAGAAAUGCUAAGAGCGAUGCGGAAGGAGAUAUGUCUGAACCUGCAACUCCCACCUCCGGUCCUAAAAUCGCAACUACAACCGCUGCGAUCCUGCCCCCUUCAUCGCCACCCCCCAAACAACAACAAUACCACAUCCCUUCAUCAACCCCAGCCCCAGCCCCAAUAUCAUUCCCAACGUCAACCUCAGCGACCAAACCCAAGACCUACAGCAAGAUCAAAGGCAAACGCCCGCUUACACCCAAGAACCCUUCUAGCAAUCGUAAACAUGAUAAAGACUUCAAGCCAGGUGAGGAUGGGAGUGACGAGGGAUGGGAGAGCGAUGUCAGGGCGUGUAAGAGGAGGAAGAAAAGUGGGAGUCGAACUAUUCGCAGCGGUCAUACUAGUAAGGCUGAAAAUGAUGCUACGGCUUCCAGGAGUGGCAAAAGCAGGAAGGUGGGGAAGCCCAAGGGGGAAAGUGCCAAAGACAAGGCUAAAGGCCAGGACCUGGAUACCUCCCCCUCCGCCCAGGAAGAGUCUAAGAUGAAUGUCGUCAACGACGGCGCUGCGGGUGGUACUGUACUUCAAGAUCUGGAUACCAGCGGUGCUCUAUCCAUCCCCUCCUCUUCUUCUCCUGUAGGAGGAAGCGUGAAUUCGAAGGAUCGGCAUCCAGCGGAAACGAGUUACGGGAAACGCACUACAAGGUCGGAGGCUAAGGCCCGGCAUCCUGUGUCUCAAGCCCUUAGGACCGGUGCUUUAGGUGGCGCUAGUGCUAGAAUAGGAGUGAAAGUUGUUAUUCCUGAGAAACGCAAGGGAACGGAGAGGAGGGGAGGGGAUGGUAGCGGAGUUCCGGUGAGGAAAUGGGCGUUAAGGUCGAGUUUGGAGAGGAAGCAGGAUGUGAGGGGUGAGGAUGGAAAUGGGGUGAAAGGAGGUAUGUGGGUAUGA